GUUUGCGCUGCAGCCUCUGCCCCUGCUGAGUCCCUGCCCCUGGGGAGCUGCUGUCCCGUCCUCUCAGGCCGAGCUGUGGGGAGGGGAGCCCUGAGCAGCCUGAGGGAGGGGGCCAGGGAGUCCCAGUCCUGGCCCCUCAGCAGUAGGAGGGGAGAGGAGCCCGGUGCUGGGACCCUUGAAGAGCCGGAGCUCCCAGGUAUGGUGGGUAAAAAGAGACCAAAGAAUAAAAAGUUAUAGCAACUGUGAUAGGGCGACCAGUAGUGCUAUUUGCCAAAGUUGAGUGGCAGUUAGAAACUUGUCAGCAAAAAUGCCCAUAAUGAAAAACUCAUGGGUCAAUGAAGCCCAUGUUCACCAUCGACUAUCUGUGACCUGAAAGUGUGGUUGAAGACAUAGUCAAAAACAACCUUAGAAAUGCCGACUUAUUUAGAAGUGGAAAUACUUCAACCCAUCUUUUAAGAUGGUCUGGAAGGAAGGUUAAAAAAAAUUUCUGAAGAAAUUUAGUAGAUGUCUCCAAGUCCAAAAUUAAUUUUUAUGCUUGUCAAGGUGGUAUCCAGAUUUAAUUCCUUUCUCACUUUCUGGCAAUGCAGACAUCAUGAAACCUAGUUUAGAUGGAAUAAUAAGAUGACUAAAAUUCUUGCAUGAAAGUAUUACUUCAAGGGAAGGGAUUGUACAUUUUACAGCAAAGGAGAUGUGUUAUGCCUCUUAUUUGUGCCUUUAAGAACGGAGCCCUGGGAAGCCCAUGCUGAGAGCUGUUGCUGGGCGUGCUCAGACCACUCCAGCAAAUUCUCCAGGAAGGGAAGCUGAUGCAACAGCCCUUCUCUGUCUGGGCAGUUCCUGUCUCCUUGAUGAACCGUCUCAAGUGGUGCUGGCAGCAUGGAGUGGGCCGAGAGUGAACUGCUGGAGACCCUGGAAGAGCUGGGAGAAAGGGAGCUGCAGAGAUUCAAGGACAAACUGAGUGAAAUCCAGCCUAAGGAGGGAUACCAACAUCUCACCUCUGGGAGCCUAAGAAAUGCGGAUCUCCUAGCCCUCGCGGACCUGCUCCUCCUCUUCUAUGGGACGGACGAUGGGGCGGAGGUGGCUGUGGAGGUGCUGAGAGCCAUCGACCAGGGAGCCCUAGCAGAGAGAAUCAAGAUACUCAUUGAUGCACUGGAAUAUGAGAAAUAUUAUUUCGAGCGGCAGCUGCAGCAGCAUCACUUCGCAAGAGGAGGUUUCAUGUAUGUGGAAUGCACACUGAACGAUGAACAAUAUCAGAUGAUCAGAGCUGAGAAAACCAGCCAGGAGAAGAUGCGGAAGCUGUACGAGCUGGUGCCGGGCUGGGACGAAUGGCAGAAGGACCGGCUCUACCAGGCACUGAAGGAAACAAACAGAGACCUGGUUGAAGAGCUGGAGGGGGGACACUUUGUUGACCGGCACCGAGAGAAGCUGAUCCAGAGAGUCCCAGAAGUGGACAGAGUCCUGAAGCUACUUCGGGGGCACACGCUAACCCCUGAACAAUACCAGAGCAUCAGCACCAGGAGAUCCAAUGUGGAGAAAAUGCAGAAGCUGUACGAGCUGGUGCCGAGCUGGGGGAGGGAGCACAAGGACCGGCUCUACCGAGUGCUGUGGAUAACAAACAGAGCCCUUGUUGAUGAGUUUGCAGGUGUGGGUACCCGAGCGCAGAAGCCGUCCACCAGCACCAGCCCUGGAGCUACACGGGAACAUUUUGUGGAGCAGCAUCGGGAGCAGCUGAUUCAACGCGCCUCUUCAGUUGACAGAACCCUGGAUGUGCUGAAGCGGAGCCAUUACAUGUUGGAACAGAAGAGUCUGUUCCUGGCGCAAAAGGCAGCAAACGAAAGCCUCACUGAAGAGCCAGAGGCAUCAAAGCGACGUACUGGCAGGGGUGGACGACUCCGGAAUCGGCCGCACAUAUUGAACGAUGAACAAUAUCAGAUGAUCGGACCUGAGAAAACCAGCCAGGAGAAGAUGCGGAAGCUUUACAAGCUGGUGCCGAGCUGGGGCAAACGGCAGAAGGACCGGCUCUGUUUGCUGAAGAAAACAAACAGAGGCCUGGUUGAAAAGCUAAAGGGUGUGGGUACCCGAGCGCAGAAGCCGUCCACCAGCACCAGCCCUGGAGCUACAUGGGAACAUUUUGUGGAGCGGCACCGGGAGCAGCUGAUUCGACGCACCUCUUCAGUUGACAGAAUCCUGCAUAUGCUUCAUCGGCGUGUACGGUCUGAUUUUCUACUCCGAAGGUCUCGACAAGCGCCCAGAUUUCUUCCCGCACAAGAGCUGAAGCUAACCCAUGACACGUGGCACCAGGACCAGCCGUACCUAGCGCUGAAGGCAACAAGCGAAAGCCUCACUGAAGAGCCAGAGGGAUUCACCAGUAAAGAGACUGAAUCCGACUCUAGUUCUGCUGCAGCGAUGAAGGCGGCAGGAGGGAUCAUCUGUCAACAGACUCUCCUACCCUCCAUUGGUUCUGUGGCAGGAGCUGCAGGUGAGACCAGCCGGCGUCAGAGUCUCACUGCCUUCCUCAGGGGACAGCACAAAUGUAACUGGUGUGCCAGAGAGGAGGAGGAUCUUCCAGAAGAAAUAAAACCAGAGAUUAUUCCAGACUUAGAUGGGAACCAGGAAAUGUACAGGGUUCAUUUCCCUAAAGCAGGCUGGUUCUGCUGCCCUGAAACUGAACUGGAGUUCGAGGUGAGGGCAGCAGUGACUAUCCAAUAUGGAUACAGCUCCUGGAGGCAGCAUCUGACUGAAUUGCAGGAGAAGCAAUGGAUGGUGGCCGGCCCUUUGUUUGACAUCAGAGUGGAACCAACUGAGGCUGUGGCAGCCAUUCACCUCCCGCACUUCCUGUGUCUCAGAGAUGCCGACAAUUCCCGGAUGCAGAUUGCCCGUUUCAUCGAUGAGGGGAUGAUCCUGGAGAACCCAAAGCAGGUGAGGUCGUUCCAUGCUGUGCUGGAGAACCCCAGCUUCUCUCUGAUUGGACUGUUUUGGAGGAGGGAGAAUUCUCAUCAGCGAACUCAGGUCCAUUCCACUGUACUUCUCUACCAGGCACGAAAGACAGUAAAUCUAACCCUUCACCUCUACCUGAUACCCGAUGAUGGCUCACGGGUCAAGGCAGUUGAGGUCUAUGAAGAGAAGUGCCGGUCAUGGUUUGUUUCUAAGUCUCAUUUCACCCCAGAACCCUUGUGCUUUGGCUCUUGCUGCAUUGUGUCCAGUCUAUCGGCGAUAACGGUAACACCCGAAGAACUGCCAUUUUUGGAUAAACCUGCAGAAGCUUUUCAACCAUUCACAGAGAUCCACACCACGGGUUUGAAGAAGGAGCUGAAGCUCACCCUGAAAGAGAAAAAUGAUAGGAAGCAGAUCUGGGAGGCUGUUAUCAGACCAGAGGACUUGAUGCCUUCUGUUUCAUCCACUGAGAUGCGAACAGACAAACAUUUUGUCGACCAGCAUCGAGAACAGCUAAUCCAGGGGGUGACAUCAGUGGAUGGCAUCCUGGAUAAAUUGCAUGGCUCUGUUGUAGAUGAAGAGCAAUAUCAGAUGGUGAUAUCUGGGAGCACCAACCCGGAGAAGAUGCGGAAGCUGUACAAACUGGUGCCGAGCUGGAACACAGACUGCAAAGACAAGCUCUACCAGGCUCUGAAGGACACAGACAGAUACCUGGUUAAAAAGCUUGAGGGGAAAUAGCUGCUCUCUCCUCUCAGCUUGUCUGCAUUGGGAAGUGGGGUGUGUGUAUUAAUCCGCAGCUUUUUGAUGCACAUCAGAUAACUCGCAGUAUGCACACCGGUCUAAUAGUGUGUGCAUGGGACUGAGGCCAGCCAUAAGCUGGGAAGUGUAUGGUCACAUCCUCACAUUCCAAACUAGUCACAUUGAAAUAAGGUGCUAUUGGGCUGUUAGGAAUAUAAUCCUGUCCUGAUAUUCCUAUCACCUCCAGAGAAAGGGAAGAACCUAGAAGAUGUAAAAGGAAACUUAAUUUGAUAGCAUCCUGUCUGGCAAGAACUCACUUAUCAAUAGACACAGCUGGAAAACCCUUGUGUCUGUAUUCACUUGAGCUGAGGCCCUGUUUCUGUCCAGCCUGCAAAAGAGCUGAAAAUUACUAAGAGACUGAUAUGCGGAGAGGCGGAUGGUGACUGACAGGCAGCAGCGGAGAGGGGUAAUUAGCGGCCAGCAGGGUGGCAGUGGAGAGGUGCGAUGAGUGGCCAGCAGGGCGGUGGCAGAGAGAUGUGAUGAGCAGCCAGCAGAGUGGCUGGUGGAGGGGCACACUGAGAGUGGUGAGGAGGUGGCUGGCGAGUGGUCAGCGGAGUGAGUAAGAUUCCUCUUUGCCCCCUACCCAGCGUGGGAGGUGAACUCUGCAGAUACACCUCCGAACUCUGGGUCUGUACUGACUAAAGAUAGCAACUGUGAGUGGUGUGCAGAGAAGAGUCGGGCAUAUGAAUGGGACUUUUGUGUUGCUGGACUUAAGAAUCUGAGGGGAAAAGGACACUGCCCAACUUACUUAGGGGUGGGUCUUUUACUCAUGUUUAUGAACCCUGUUUAUGGUGAUUUCCCAAAGUAGCUCUGAGUUGCUUCCCUUCUUUUCUUAAGUGUCUUUUGUAAACAGACUUUGUGCUUGCAAGGUGUCCAGGGGUGGUGUGUAAUUUUCACAGGUUACUGGGUGUUGUAUCGAUGGAAAGGAACCCCUAGAUAUUGAACCCAGCCCUGGUUGCUGCUGGCUCCACCUGGUAGAAGGGUUACAUUUAUUGUUGUGGCAGAGGGACAUUGGGGUGAUCCUUGUUUUAAUGUAUGUUUUUGCCUGUACCCAUUUGUAGAACCCUGUGAAUUAUUUCAGUUUUCCAGCUUUUCUGUGUUAAUCCACUGAGUCAUCAGGACUGAA